GCUAUUGUUUUGCCAACUGGACGAUUCCUGUCAGCUGUGAAAAUAAUGCUGUUUUUGUAUCGUUUUGUUGUGAUUUAUUUACAAAUUUUAACUGCAAUUCCUUAAUUGUGAUAUGUGACUUUAUUAAUUCGUCAUCAAAAUGUCGUGGCUCAACCUGAAUCAAAGUUUGAACAGUUUAAAGGGGCAAAUCACCAAUUUUGCUUCGGAAGUAUUAUCUGAAGCUCCCACUGAAGAUACCGGCGCAAUUAAUGUUAAUACUGAUUCUAAAGUGAAAGAGCUUGAAGUAAAAUGCCGCAAUCAGGAGCUCGAGAUUGCUGCGCUGAAAAAGCUCAAUGAAGAGUUGGAGGCUACAUUGCAAUCUGAGAGGCUCACCAGAAAAAAUGGCGUUCGAGAAGAUGAAACUAAUUGGUAUUGGGAUCCACCAUCUCAAACCGCAAAUUCUGUCGAUCACGAAACUGAAAACCAAUACAAAGUACAAAUACGGGCUUUGCAAGAUGAAUUAUCCACCUUAAGAGAAAGAGAAACUAUAGACCUUAGACCUAACGCCGAAGAAGAAUUACGCAGACUACGAGAAGAAAAUCGAAAUUUAACAACAAACUUAGAGGAUUUGGACAGCCAACAUCAAGUUGCAAUGGAAAGACUUUUGUCUCUCAAAAAAGAAUUGCAGAAAAAUUUUGAAGUUUUGAGACAAGAACACGAAGACUUAAAAAAUGCAAAUGAUGACUUUGCUAUUGAGACUAAAAAUUUACUUCUUAAAGUUGGUGAGCGAGAUAAAGAAAUAGAAAUUCUAAAAACAGUAAAAUCAGAUUAUGAAACUUUGCAACACAAGUAUCAAAAUUUAGAAAGAAUACAUAGUUUACUCCGAGAGAAUGCUGAGAAAUUUCAAGAGGAAAACCAAGAUUUACAUGAAGAGGUAUUCAAAUUGCAAGAACAAGUAACAAAAUUAGAGCAUGAUUUAGAAAUGUCCACUAAACAUUCAGAAUUAUCAAAUAUGGUGCCAAAAGAGAAAUAUGAAGAUUUAAUGAAAGAAAUAAAUACUUUAAAAGAUAGGAAAAACUCAAAUCAUGAUCGUUCCGAUGAAAUUAAUAUAGAUGAUAAUGCCAAAAGCGUUAUUGAAAAUUUAAAACGAGAAAUUAAUGAAUUGAAGCGUCAAGUAUCUGAUAAAAAUGCUGAAAAUUAUGAAUUAGACCAAAAAUUAAUAAAACCAGAAAAAGUCAUGCAACUGUAUAAUAAAUAUGUUAAUUUUGAACUUCCUGUUGACUAUUUUGGAGAAAUACCUUCUCAUGGCGAUAAUAUUGUAUUAUUUAAAUUAGAAAGUGUUUUUAAGACUGUAAACUCGUUCAAGAAAAAUAUAGAUUCAUUAGAACAUCAGUUAUCAGAAAAAAACCUUAAUGUUAAUCAUUUGCAAACUCAAAUAGAUGAUUUAACAACUGAAAAUGAUUUUCUUACCAAUGACAUUCAGCAUUAUGAAAGAGAGCUAAAUGAAAUGAAGAAAAAUAAUGACUUCCUUAUAUCCGAAAUAGCUGCUUUAAAGAAUAUCUCUAAAUUAGAACCAAUUAUUGAAACCCACGAAGACAACUUAGCGAAAUUAGAAACCGAACUGGCAGAUUGCAACAAAAUGAAUAAAACAUUUGAAAGUGAAAUCAAACGAAUAGAAAAUGAGUUAUCUGAAGUAAGAAUGGAAAAACAUGUAUUACAAGAAAGUUUAAAUGAUCUAAGAACCAAAUAUACCACCAUGUUGACAGAACUAGAUAUGUGUAAAAGUCAAGCUAAAGAUUUAGAAGAACUAGAACAUACUACUAAUACAGAACAAACUAAAACAAUUAAACUGCAGAUGGAUGAAAUUGAUGAGCUCAAGAAACGCUUACAUGCAGCUAGUACAAAAAAUGAGCAACUUACUAUAGACACUCAUAUUAUUGAAAAUGACAAAGUGUUACUAACUAAAGAAGUGGAUGAACUAAAAAACGCCUUAAAAGAAAAGUCUACUGAACAUAAGGAGUUAGAAAUUUUGAAGCUCACACUGGAUCGAAAAUUAGAAGAUCUUGAAAGUAGAUUAGAUGAAGUAAUAAGGCAUAAAAAUGAAAUUGAAGAUGAGAAGUAUAAAUUAGAGGAAAAAAAUAUAGUUUUAGAAAAAUCCAAAAAUAUCAGCUCACAUGGUAGCAAAGACAUCAAUAAACUUGAAGAUGAAAAGGUGAUUUUAUUGGAAAAUAUUAGACAGGCUGCUAUAGAACGUUCUGAGUUAGAAAAUAAAGUAGAUGAAUUAAAAUUGGAAUUGUCAUAUUUAAAAGACCAACAAGCACAAUUGGUUGCUGAAAAUAUGGCAGUUAAGAAGAAUGAUUCUGCAAAUAACGAAAGCUCAACUUUGUUUCAAGAAGCGUUAAAUGAGUUAAAGGCAAAGAAAGUGCAAGAAGAGUUCUUAAACAAUGAGAUUACAGAGCUAAAAGAAGAAAAUAAAAAAAUAUCAGAAAAAAACCUCCAGUUAGAGGGUAACCUUUUAAAUACUGAUGCUAAAAUUGUUCGUCUAGAAGAAGAAUUUGAUAAAUUAAUGUCUGAGUUAAAUGAGAAAGAUGCCUCAAUUUACACUCUUAACUCGACAGUAAACGAUAACAAUGUAGUAUUACAAACAUUAAGUAAAAGAAUAGGUGAUUUUGAGGUCACGGUCAAAAUCAAAGAUAAUGAAAUUAAAGAUUUAACUAACUUGAAAAACGAACUAGAAAAGAAAUUGCAAGAUAUAAAUGUUAAGGCUAAUUUGGCAUAUGAAGAGUUGAAUAAAUUACACACAGAAAAAGAAGAUUUAUCAAAGCAAAUAAUAUCAUUAAAUGAUGAAUUGUUAUCAAAAAAUGAACAGAUUUCACAACUAACAAUACGCCUUGAAGAGUUGAGUAGCAACAGCUUCACAUAUACUAGUGAAAUAGGUUUCAAAGACAAAGAAAUAAAAGAAUUGAAUCAAACAAUAGCAGAGUUGACGGACAAAUUAAAAUUGACUGAGAAUAUGACUCUCCAGAAUGAUGAAUACUCGAAAAUUUUACAGGAGAAACAAACAAUAGAGAAAGAGGUCUCUGAACUUCAGAACACAAUUACUGUUAAAGACAAUGAACUAUUAGAAAUGAGGGGUAGAGUUGAACAGUUAGAAAAUACAUGCUUAGAGUACAAAACAAUUAUUGACAAUACUACAGUUGAGAAAACUGAAUUAAUAAAUCUUGUUAAUUUGAAACAUAAUGAAAGUAUUCAGUACCAUACUGAAAUUCAGAGAUUAAAUCAUGUUCUUUUAGAACAAAGUAAUGAAUUUAAAAAAGUCAUAGAGGAAAAAGAGAUGCUGCGAAAUAAAACCGAUGGUUGUGAAAGUUGCGACAGGCUUAGAAUCACAUUGAAGGAAAAGGAUGAGAUGAUAAUGAGGUUGACACAUAACGCAAAUGAUACUGAAAACCUUCAGACCGAAUUGAUUAAUGCCAGUGAAUCUGUAAAAGUUUUGACUGAAAAAUGUGAUAAUUUAGAUAAGAGUCUUGCUAUACAAUUAGAAACUGUAAAGAAAUUGACGGCAGAAAAUGCACAGUUGUCAGAAAAAGAGCAGAAUUCCACAAAAGAGUUGGAACGACUCAGACAUCACUUAGUGGAAAUGGAAGAAACUUACACACAAGAACUGAUGACUUCGGAGCAAAAACUUACAGAGUGUCAGACACGGUUGCAUCAGGUGGAGGAGCGAGCCAAGCAAAACAGUACCGUGUAUACUAGUAAUAGAAAUCAAAUAAAACUUUUGGAGAAGCAAAGAGAUGAAGUCCAGGCGAAGUUAAGCGAAGCAGAGGACGCUAGAAGUAGAAGCGAAGCAGCGCUCACAAAUCUUCAAGUAGUUCUAGAACAAUUCCAACUAGAUAAAGAACGUGAUAUAGAAACAGCCACAGAAAAGAUAAGGAACAAAAUGGAGGACCUUAAAGCAGAGAACCACGACCUCAUGGAUGAAAUAACCAAAUUGAAUUCUAAACUUGAAGACGCAUUGGCUGGUUUGCAAGCAGCCUCAAGACUUGGUGAUCAAGUUGAAACUAAAACAGCUCAGAUUAAUGAUUUGAAAGAACAAGUGAGAACGCUUCAUGCAUCCGUUACAGCUGCUGAAGAAAGGUACUAUAACGCGAUAUCGAAUCAGCAGGACAAAGUCGAUAAGAAUUUGGUCAAGAAUUUAGUUAUAAACUACGUAGUCACUUCAGCCAGUAACAAUCAUAACAAAACCCAAGUACUAAGGAUUCUUUCGACAGUAUUGGAUUUCAAUCAGCAAGAGUGCGAAAAGCUUGGUUUGGUCCGCUCCACCAAUGCAACGGACAGUCUCGCUGCGGAGUUUGUGAAGUUCUUACAGAACGAAUCGAAACCGAGAGCGCAACUGCCCAAUAUGAUGGGUAUUGCUCAAACUACCAGUAGGAGUACUACGCCUACGUCUAGAAAGAACUCUACGAUCGGUCCCCACAACUUCGAGGUAGGUCACAAGAGAAAUCCGUCAACGGGUUCAAACAAUCUUUUAUUUCAAAACCUCGAUUCGGUAGAGACCAGUUCUCAAAUAUCUAUAGACUCUGAACAUCAGCCCAGAGUCGUCACACAACUCGACACUGGCGUUAACCAAACUAGGAAUACGGAAGGUGCUAUUCUCAAACACGUUUUGAAAGAUAUGUGAUGGAUAUUUUAGCAAUAUUUAUAGCUUUCUAAUGAUUCAUAAGUUGAUAAACUUAAACACAACUUAUAUGGCUGAUUUUCGAAACGCGGCAAAUCCUUUAACCCAGUAAGUGUGACUGUCAUUAUAACAUUGUAUUUUAUACCUUAUGUAUAUUAAAAUAACAAUUUCUACAAAUUUUGUUCAUACUUGC